AGUUUUUAUUUGUGGUAUUUCGCACAAAACAUUCAAAGAUGGAGUCGGGCGGUUGUUAAGUCAAAAGACAUCAUAUAAUUAUUGCUAAAUCUUUCUUCUUCAGGAAUCAUUGACAAGUUGUGACGGAUAUGGCUUGCUCCCUUCCACUUUCAACUGACGUCGAGCGGGAGCGUUACUUGCGACUUGCGCAACUUCUUGUGGAAGAAGGAACGACUGCGCUUAGAAAGUUCUUUGACAAUAUACACUCCCCGGCCACACUUGCCGCGGUGCUCACUACAAAACAGAGACAGCUCCAACAGUUGUUGAAGAAAGGCAUCCUAUCCUCUACUCAGUGGAGUAAGCUCUUUCCUGCAAGUGGAAAUCCAGAAUCAAGAGAUUUUGACAUAACGCUGCUUUCUGUGCUGCUCAGGAAUAUUUGCGGCAUCCUGACUCCGACUGAUCCAUUCUGGAGCACUUAUCCACCUGAUGCAGAUAUCUCUUGUGAAGCUAAUUUAGUAAGGAUAAGAAUGCUGAGAAAUGAACUUGGACACUCAACCACUAUACGUCUCAAUGAAUCUCAAUUUGAAAUCUAUUGGGAGAAGAUUUCGCGUGCACUGGUUGCGCUAGGGUCGAAUAAGUUAAAGAUAAGCGAUUAUAAGAUGCGUCCCAUCGGAACUAAAGAUUACAUUGACGUGAUUCGAAUGUGGGUGGCCUCAGAUGAUGUGCUGCUCAAUGAAUUACAGAAAAUGAGAAGAGAAGUCAAGUCAACAAGUGCCAGACAGGAGCUGAAGUACGACACGCACCACGAGGAGUUGAUAGCCAGGUUUGACAAGCUAGAGAAUCUCAUAGGGUCCACUAGUCACCAGUCUACAAUAAGCAACGAGAGGCCGAAGCAUAACGGGGAGUCUGGUGACGAGAGAGAGAAAGCUGACGCAUUUAUUGAUGAGGGUUGCGAGAAUAUGGACCGGGGCAACUACCAGGAGGCGAUUGAGUCUUUCCAAAUGGCUGGGGUGCUAUACGAUAACACAAAUUAUUCCGAAACAGGACAGGCGAAGGCUAAUUAUAAUAUUGGUUUGAUUCAUGCCAGACUUGGUAACCACGAGGAGGCUAUGGACAGUCACAAUGCUGCCUUAAAGCUGUACCAAAACACAAGAAAUGAUCAACGACUAGGGGAUGUGCACCUGAAUAUUGGUAACACGCACUACGAGUGUAAGAACUACAAGGACGCGAUGAAGCAUUACGGAGAUGCGUUGAGCCUGUACAAACAGACGAAGAAUGAUAAGGGGGAAGCGCGUGCGCAUGUAUGUAUAGGUGAUACAGACUACAUGGGUGGUAACUACAAAGAGGCGAUAUCUCACUACAAAGAGGCCUUGAAGAUGUUCCAAACGGCAAGAGAUGAACAAGCGCAGGGGGAUGCACAUUUCAAUAUUGGUAAUUUAAACUGCAAGCUAGGUAACUACGAAGAGGCGAUAGUAAAUUUAACAGAUGCUUUGAGGCUGUUCGAAAAAAUACACAAUGAUCAAGGACAGGGCGAUGCACAUUUGAGCAUCGGGAAUACACACAGCAAGCAAGGGAACUUCGAGGUCGCGAUAGCAAGUUUUCACGCGGCUUUGGGGUUUUACCAGAAGUCAAACAAUGACCAGCGACAGGGGGAUGCACAUUUCAAUAUUGGUAUUUUAAACUGCAAGCUAGGUAACUACGAAGAGGCGAUAGUAAAUUUAACAGAUGCUUUGAGGCUGUUCGAAAAAAUACACAAUGAUCAAGAACAGGGCGAUGCACAUUUGAGCAUCGGGAAUACACACAUCAAGCAAGGAAACUUCGAGGUCGCGAUAGCAAGUUUUCACGCGGCUUUGGGGUUUUACCAGAAGUCAAACAAUGACCAGCGACAGGCGGAUGCACAUUUCAAUAUCGGUAACACACUCCGCAAGCAAGAUAAAUACGAAGAGGCGAUGUUAAGUUAUGGGCUGGCCUUGAGUGUGUACGAGAAAAUCAAAGACAAAGAAGGACAAGGCAGAGUACAUAGCAAUAUUUGUAGCGUGCAACAAUUACUGCACAUUAUCAACGAACAUAACGAAUCGUAGCGACUGUAGGCUGACGGGUUGGGAAGACAGUUUGCUGUUUGUAUUAUAUUUAUAUUAUUGUUUUCUUACGUUUCAAUCUAGUUCUUGUGGGCGCGCGCACAUUCCUACGCAAAGCGUGCGUGAGUCCUCUUAUAACACAUGUACCCUUGAUCAAUCACAGCGCGCGAUUUACGAAUUUCCUUCUUUAAUUAAAAAAUAGAUCUCAUUUUUGCGUGCGUCUGACCUCUGAUAGAUACACAGAUGACUUCACAACCCGUCAUGAACAAAAAAAUAAGCAUCAAGAUAGACGCACAAAACAAUGAGAUCUCAUUUGUUUUAUACAACAAUUAAAAUGUUGUCUUACGUUA